CCAAAUAGUGGACCGCAGCUUGUGCCGACACCCAAUGCGGCUGCGCAGCAGCCCCCUCCGCAAGAUGGCUCCCCAGUGGAAAGCACACCACCCACCGCGCCACCACCAACUGAAGAGCAACAACCGGUUCAGCCGCCUACUUUGCCACCACCUCCAAAAAAUCCUACUUACAUGCCACCACUUGAGCCGAUUCCUCCCAAACAGGCGCCUCAUGAAAAACUACCAAUUCCUUUAAACGAAUUUGGUCUACCACCAUCGCUUAUACCCUUGCAACAGUAUCCAAAUCGCAGCCCGAAUGGACCAGUGGCAUUGCCACCGUACGCUUUCAAUCAGUAUCCGCUUAUCUAUGAUCCCAUCACCGGUUAUCGUGAGCAAUAUCUACCACCCUACGAAUAUUUCCCCAGUCACCAUCAACAUUUUGCAUUAGGCGGCGGUCCACCAGCCGCCCCCAAGCCAUUAGUGCCGACACCACCAACGGCAGAGGCCAGUGUACCGGCACCGACACCAGCAUCGUUACCACCACCACCAAACCAACCGCCACCGCCAGCUUCGGACGAAGAAAUAGCGGCGAGUGAACCACAGCCCCAGCCUGAAGAUCCGCCACAGUUGCCGCCUGCUGUCGAUUUCGAUAGCAUAAAGAAUGCGUCGAAGAACAAGAACAGCGCUGUGCCUGAUGUGCCGCCACCGCCAAUUCCAUCAGGCGCCAAGACGCAGCAAUCUUAAUGCGCCCGCAUUAUGUAGAAGUUUUGAAGUAAUGUUUACUUGGCUUAAAGUUCGCUAA